AUGACUCUUAUUCAGCGAACGGUUUUGAAACAGUACUAUGAAACGUUAAAAUGUGCAAUUCGUUCAUUAAACUUAUUUGAAUCAAAAUCUGGUGCAUCUACGAACGAACAUGAGCGAAAGAAUGAAUUAAUUUCAACACGAUUAUUUAUUAUUCUCCUCAUCAUCUCAUUUCUAAUACUCUGUGUCUAUUCUUCGUUGAUUAUUGUUCAAAAAACAGUCACCAUUUCAUCACCAUCAUUGAAUCAAUAUCGAAAACUAGAGAAAAAAUAUUCACAAACUUUGAGUUGUGCAUGCUCUAAUAUUUCAAUUUCUUAUUCUAAAUUUGUGAGUAUUACGCCAAGAUACAAUGAAGUGUGUCAAAGCAAAUUUAUUUCUACUGAUUGGAUUGAUUUUAUUAAACUUCCACAAGUUUCUUCGAGGUUUGAAAUGAGUGAUUUGUAUGAUUUGUAUGGUUUGCCAGCGCCCAGAUCUGCUUUUGGUUUCUUAGUUAGUUAUUACUUCAAAAUGUUAGCGAUAUUAUGUACACUCGCUAAUGAAACAAUAUAUAACGCAUUGAAUGAGGCUGGUGCCACUCAGUUAAUCACUUUAACUGUUCAGACGGAAUACAAUAUUGAAACUGAAUCACAAGCAUUUGUUAAAGAUGUUAAAUCUGCAACGGAAACAUCAUUCGCAACUUCGCUCGAUAUCACUCGUAAUGUUGCUCAAAGUAAUCAGCUCGCAUCUGCUUUACAAACAAAUUAUCGUUAUGGUUUUUUCGAAGAUCUCAGGUUUAUUCCCGAUACAAUCACACAUAUUCGUCGAGAUGAACUGGACCAUGUUACCUCCAAUAACUUCUAUAACGUGUGUAAUUGUGAGAGCACUGUAGGAUGUUAUACAGACAUUCUUGAUCAAUAUGAUGUACCGGGUUUCUACUUGGGCUGUUCCAUACUUGAAUCCUUACUUCUCUCAGAUCUUCGUUGUUUAUACGAUGAAACUUGUCUCGAUGAUUUUCAAAUGCAAUUGAGGAACGUUUCAGACAAUAUCACGGUGCUGAAGAGUUCCACAGCAAGUAAAUUUUCGCCCAAUACAACUGUUGGAAACCUUGUAAGAAAUCUGAUGGCUGAAAAUUGGAAGAAAAAUAUAUCAUUUAAGUUAUAUUAUGAACAGUGCGCACCUUCUUAUUGUGUAUAUACAUAUCGUCAGAAAUUUGAUGUACUAUACAUUGUGACAACUAUUAUCGCGCUAAUCGGUGGUCUGACAAAAGGAUUGCAGAUUAUUAUACCUCGUGUAGUCAAUCUCCUAAAAAGAAAAAGAAAAACUAAGGUGUUACCCUUCACUUCCUCUGACGUCUCGAUUUCCUACCGUCAAUUUAUUAACAUACAACCGAUCUAUCAUCAUGUCUGCAGUAGUGAUUUUGUAACACAAGAUUGGUUUGAUAUACUUGAACCGUAUUUUGAUAUUCUCAAUAUGCCUGAUCUAUCACGAUACGGUUCACCUAUAUUUCAAGCAUUAGCCUCAAUGUGUACGGUAUCCAAUGGUACUGUUCAAAAUGCUCUCGGUACUUUUGGAUCUACUAACUAUGUCAAUAAUGAAGUACAGUCGCCAGAAUUAUUUCAAACACAAAUAGAUUCAAUUACGUCUAGGUUCAAGUCAAAUACAGUAAACUCAUUUACAUUAUCAUUGAAUAUGAUAUCGAAAAUUAUGCGUAGUAAUGCCUUAUGGUCAGGAUUACAGACAAACUUUAACGCGUCGUUCCGUACUAUGAAUGAUAAUUCACUAGUAUAUUUUCCAACUGUAUAUAAUGGUAACUGUAGCUGUAGUCUGAGAUCAGAUUGUCGACAAGAACUUGGUAUUCUUCAGUUACAUUUUAUUGGUCUUAGUCUUUCGAAUAUAACGUAUACAACACUAAUCCCUAUUCCAAAUAUUUAUGUUGGUUGUACUAUAAUUGAUGGCUUGAUGGAAUCAAAUCUGCAAGCAUUUUACAAUGCGUCAUGGGUGUAUGAUUUAUGGUACUACUUUAACAAUAGUCGAAAUAGUAAGAUAAAUUAA